AAUGUUAAAGCAUGCCUUAAGAGUGAUGUAAGUCUUUAGACCUAAAUUAUUGCAUUGUACACCUCUUUAGACAUUGGCAAUAAGAGGACCUCUUUUUACUAACAUUCCUGUUAGCUAUUUCUGCACAUCCUUGCCAAAACACAAGAAAUUAGCAAUGCCUGCACUGUAUUUAAGAUGUAAUACAAUUAUAGAUCACCAACUAUGGAGGCAGGAAAUAUUUAGAAGUACUUAAAGAAAGUAGGUGAUCCAAUUACAGCAGGUGAUGUACUUUGUGAGGUUGAGACUGAUAAAGCAACAGUGGGAUUUGAAAUGCAAGAUGAGGGAUUCUUAGCUCAAAUCCUUGUCCCUGAAGGUAAAUAAUAUUAAAUAAAAUAAUUUAGGCUCAAAGGGAGUCAAAGUUGGAUAAUUAGUUGCAGUAAUUGUUCCAAAGUAGUCAGAUGUGGCAUCAUUUGCUAAUUUCAAAGAUUCGCCAACUAAAUAACCUGAGUAAAGUUAAGCAGCUUCAAAACCAGCAUCUCAACCCUAAUAAACUCCAACACCUUAACAAGCACCUUCUAGAGCUACAGGAGGUGCACUUCCAAAACAUUCAAAAUUAGGCCUUCCUGCUCUAUCCCCAACAAUGGAGAAAGGAAAUUUAAUGAAAUGGCUUGUUAAAGAAGGAGAUAAAAUAAGUCCUGGAGAUGUGAUUUGCGAAAUUGAAACAGAUAAGGCUUCUGUUGGUUUUGAAGUUCAAGAAGAUGGUUACAUUGCAAAAUUAAUGGUACCUGCUGGAACUAAAGAUAUCAAAUUAGGAACUGUAAUUUAUAAUUUAAUUUUAGAUAUUGGCUAUCUCAACUCCAAAGAAAGAUAAUGUAUCUAGUUUUGUUAAUUAUACUCUUGAGGGUGCUACUGCAGCUGCUUAAACUAUAUAAGCACAACCAACAUAAUAAUAAGAAUAAUAAUAAUAAUAAUCUUUAAAUAAUGAUACACCAAUAUAAACAGUUUCUUAAUCUGGUUCAAGAAUAUUUGCUUCACCACUUGCUAAAGAAUUUGCUAAAAAGAAUAAUGUUGCUUUAGAAUAUAUAAGAGGUACUGGUAUAGACGGAAGUAUUGUCAAAAAAGAUGUUGAAAGAUUUAUUUAAUCUGGAUCAAAACCUGAAGUCUAAGUUUAAUAAUAAUAAGCUGUUUCAACUCCUUAAUAAUCAUAAUAAACUUAAACUUCUUCUUAAGAAUAACCAAUUUAACAAACAACUCCUCCUCCUGUUUAAGCUAAAUAAUAAACUAAACCAACAACUGCUACAAAACCAGUUGCCAUUGAAGGCAAUCCAUAUGUUGACACAGAACUUACUAAUAUGAGAUAAACAAUUGCUGCUAGGUUGUUAGAAUCAAAAACAACAAUCCCUCAUUAUUACUUAACAAUGACAGUUACAAUGGAUAAAGUCUUAAAGUAAAACCUAUUUCAUUAUUUAAAGAGUGCGAGAAGAAUUGAAUAAACUAUAAAAAGUGAAAAUUUCUGUCAAUGAUUUCAUAAUCAAGGCAAGUGCUUUGGCUUUGAAAGAUAUCCCAUAAGCUAAUUCAUAAUGGCAUGGCACAUAUAUUAGAAAAUUUGCAAACGCUGAUAUUUCAAUAGCUGUUGCCACUGAUGCUGGUCUAAUCACUCCUAUUGUUUUCAACGCAGGUAGCAAAGGACUUGGUACAAUUGCUUCCACUGUUAAGGAAUUAGCUGAUAAGGCAAAAGCUAAUAAACUUAAACCUUAAGAAUUUAUUGGUGGCACUUUUACCAUUUCAAAUUUAGGAAUGUUUGGAAUUGAUUAAUUUAUUGCUGUUAUUAAUCCACCUUAAUCAGCAAUUUUAGCAGUUGGAAAAACAAGUAAAAGGUUUGUUCCUGAUGAAAAUGGUUAACCAAAGUAAUAUAUAAAAUAAUUUUAAGGGUUGAAAACUAAAUGGAUGUUACAUUAUCAUGUGAUCAUAGAGUAGUUGAUGGAGCUGUUGGAGCAUAAUGGUUACAAAGAUUUAAAUUUUAUAUUGAAGACCCUAAUACAUUAUUGUUAUGAG